CUCUCUCUCUCUCUCUCUCUCUCUCUCUCUCUCUCUCCCGCUCUCGCUCUCCCUCUUAUCCCCAGUUCCCUCUCAUUUGUGGCAAUAGUGCGCAUCUGGCUGUCCUUUGGAUGGAGCGCGUACGGAACAGUGCUUCCUCCGUUGAGAUGUUUAUUCUCGGGGUGCUGUCGGUUCUCUGGCCGGCGCUAAGUGGAGUUCUGAGUUUUAAUCUGUAUGCAGAGCACCCUACCGUUUACAAAGGACCUGAUGGAAGUUAUUUCGGCUAUUCUGUGGACUUCUACCAAGCUUCCGCCGACAGCAACACGAUCAGUGUAUUGGUUGGGGCUCCCAAAGCGAACACCUCUCAGCCCGGCAUUGUGGAGGCUGGGGCUGUCUACUACUGCCCCUGGCCCGGGCUGCCGGACAGCUGCAGACAGAUACCUUUUGAUAAUUCCAAUAACAGAAUGAUAAAGGUAAACGGCACUAGAGAGCCUCUGGAGUUUAAGUCGCACCAAUGGUUUGGAGCAUCUGUCAGGACGCACAAAGGAAAAGUGGUGGCAUGUGCUCCCCUCUACCACUGGCGGACAGUGAAACUCAGUGGGGAGAAGGACCCCGUGGGAACCUGCUAUGUGGCCGUCCAGAAUUUCAGCGCCUACGCAGAGUACUCGCCCUGCAGGACCAAUGAUCCAGACCCAGAGGGACAAGGGUUCUGCCAGGCUGGUUUCAGUGUGGAUUUCACCAAGGAAGGAAUGCUGGUAGUAGGAGGACCUGGAAGCUUUUACUGGCAAGGUCAGGUAAUGACAGCGGGUAUAGCUGAGAUACUGAACGGCUACUCUUUGAAGGCAGUCCUGAGACGGGUUCCAGGAGAGAAACAUACGCGAGCUGCUGAAGACACACACGACGACAGCUACCUUGGUUACUCUGUGGCAGUGGGGGAGUUUACAGGAGACUCUGAACAAGAGCUGAUAGCUGGAGUCCCGAGAGGAGCACAGAACUUUGGAUAUGUGGCAAUGAUCAACUCCACUAAUCUGACCUUCAUCCAGAACUUCACGGGGGAACAGAUGGCCUCAUAUUUUGGCUACUCGGUAGCUGUCACCGACCUGAAUGGAGAUGGGACCGACGAUGUGCUGGUUGGAGCACCCCUCUACAUGGAGAGAGAGAUGGAGAGCAAACCCAGAGAGGUGGGGAGAGUGUACCUGUACCUGCAGAUGGCCCCGCUCACUUUCUCCAAACCUGUUGCACUAACCGGCACACACACCUUUGGGCGCUUCGGCACAGCUAUAGCACCCCUGGGAGACAUCAACCAGGAUGGAUACAAUGACGUGGCGGUGGGCUGUCCGUUCGGAGGCGAGGAGCGUGGAGGCAGAGUAUUGAUCUUUAAUGGUAACCAAGCCGUAGCCACGCAAGGCCUGACACUGAGCCAAGAGCUAAGAGCAGCCGGGACCCCCAGUAGCAGCUUGCCUGGAUAUGGAUUUACUCUAAGAGGGGGCCAAGACCUGGACAACAAUCAGUAUCCCGAUCUAAUCGUGGGGGCGUUCGGGGCAGCUGAGGUGUCCCUGUACAGGUCUCGAGCUGUGGUGUCCGUGGAAGCUGCAAUGAUCUUGACUCCCAGAAUCCUGAACCCCGAUGACCGACAGUGUCACCUGCCUCAAACAGAUAUCAUGGUUACCUGUCUUAAGGUGGACGUGUGUGCAGCAGUGAGUGGAGUGGGGAUCCCCAGCGCUGUCGACCUGAGAGCAGAGCUGCAGCUGGAUUGGUUGAAAGGCACCAGAGGUGGAGUCAAGAGAAUUUUGUUCCUGGACACCCAGCAGCCUCAGCGCACUGGGCUGCUAAAAUUGGGACACAACAGCCCACAUGCAUGUCUGAGCUACACCAUUUACCUGAGAGAGGAGGAGGAUUUCAGGGACAAAUUGACCCCAAUCUCACUGGCUCUGAACUACAGCUUGGCUACACCCGUUCAUGGCCAAAACCUCCCACCUGUCCUCAACCAUUACAGCAGCACAUUCCUUCAAGAGCAUGCCUACAUUCUCCUGGACUGCGGUGACGACAAUAUUUGUAUCCCCGACCUCCAGCUCUCUGCCAGCAUGGACCGCUCAGAGCUGGUUAUUGGAGACGACAAUCUGGUAAUGUUGACCAUUACUGCGGUGAACCGAGGAGAGGGAGCCUAUGAGACGGAGCUCCACACACUGAUACCACCAGAGGCUGACUAUAUUGGAGUAGAACGCAGAGUGGAGUCCUUAUCUCAGCUGAACUGCGAGUACAAGAUGGUCAAUGACUCCAGAAGGGUUGUGUGUGACCUCGGGAACCCAAUGGUGGCUGGGACAGAGCUCUCUGUUGGUUUGAGGUUUUCUGUCCAAAGGCUGGAAGAUGCAGGACCAAAGAUCAGCUUUGAGCUACAGAUCCACAGCUCCAACAAAGAUAACUCCGACAGCAACCCAGUCAGUUUGAAUCUGUCCAUCAUUGCCAAAGCUCAGCUUGAUUUGCGUGGGGUGUCUCAUCCCUCUCAGGUGGUGCUGCCGUUCCCGCGCUGGGAGCCCAAAGAGAAGCCGGUCAAAGAGGACGACGUGGGGCCGCAAGUAACGCACAUCUAUGAGCUCCAUAACUUUGGUCCCAGCAGUAUUCGGGAUGCUGAGCUCCAGGUCGGCUGGCCUUCCCGUUUCCGUGACGAGAACCUGCUGUAUGCCAUGGAGAUUCAAACCGAUGGACCAAUUAGCUGCCGGACGAACACCAGCCUCAACCCACUUGGCCUUCAGAUCUCCUCUCUCCAGGACACACCUGAAUUAUUGGGCUUCUUGAGGAACGCCAGCGCUUCUUCUCAUCGCCACAAACGAUCCACUUCUGCCGCUGAAGGUUAUGCCGGUAAAACCUUGAAUUGCACCAAUAUCUCUUGUCUGAAGAUCAUAUGCAUCGUUGGCCGGUUGGAUCGCGGUCAGAGCGCCGUGGUGAAGAUCCGCUCGAGACUCUGGGCGCACACUUUCCUGCAGCGACGUAACGACCCCUACAUGCUCAACUCUACCGUGUCCUUCAUAGUCACCGCCCUGCCUUACCGCAUCCAACCCUCCACCCUGCCUCAACACUCCACCUCGAUGGGGACCCUGGUGUUGUGGGGUACUCCUGAUGUGUCGUUUGCUGUUCCACUCUGGGUCAUCAUCCUGGCCAUACUGCUGGGGCUGCUGGUGCUGGCUAUGUUAACAUUAGCUAUGUGGAAGUGUGGUUUCUUUGACCGGGCGCGGCCACCAGCUGACGAUAACGUCUCCGACCAGGAGCAGCUGACAUCUGAUCAAACAGGGGACGCCUAAGACGAUACGCGACAGCUCCAGAGUGGAGGACGGUGGUUUGAGAGGGACGUGCCCCUUCUGAGUAACUUAAAUCAGAUCUGAGAUCUGUGUUAGUCGGACCCUACAUUUCUUUGCUGGAGGUCUUCUACCUCUACGGUAAUGAAACUCACAGACUGAAGACUUCAGCGCCGCACAGACUGGGACCAAAGAACGAGGUUCAAACCAGCCGAAGUGGGGCUAAAACACACUUAACAGGCUCAAUCUCACACACACGUCCAUUGUUUAUCCAUCGUGAUGAAGCACCGAAAUGUACGACAGAAUGGACUUUGUUGUGAAGACAAUGCUUUAAAUUGUGUCUGUGUAAGUGGGGCACAAAGAUACUUGAGAUCUAUGCACAAGUGUGUGUGUGUGUGUGUGUGUCUAUCUGUGUGUGUGUGUGUGUGUGUUUGUGUGUGUGUCUAUCUCUGUGUGUGUGUGUGUGUGUGUGUUUGUGUGUGUGUGUUUGUGUGAACUGUACAUAUGUGUGUGUUUAUUAGGUGCCUCUUGUUUUAUCCUUUCAUUAUUUCCCACCUGAUUUAAUUUAUCCUACAGUAGGUUUCUACUAACUGGUCUACAGAUGUAUCACACACAUACACACACACACACAGAUGCAGCCACAUGCAUAAACACAAAGGCACAAAUUUGAUGUCUAUAUUUAUAAAUGUAUGUGCAAUAUUUCAGCGUUGCGUGAUACUGAAGCUUGUUUACACUGGCAUUAUUUUAUUAGAGCUUAAUGUUUCAAUGGUUUAUGAAUUAAUUGGUAUUUUAGAUAUUAUUAUUGCUGAGCAACAAAAGCAAUUAUUAGAAGCAGUUAGGACUGGUUUACAGAAACUCCUCACCACACUAGUUUUGACAAGUGAAUGGACAAAUAACUAACUUAUUAUCUCAAUAGAAUUACUUCAGAACUUUUAUUUUGGAGAUAACAAACCAUGUCUUAACAGCCGGAGCCCCGCCCUGCUACUUCAAGGUUUGCUUGUGUCGUUUUUUGGGGAUUUGUUUUUAACGUGACGGUUGAUAAGACUUUAAAAACUAGCUGUAAAGAUAAAUAAAAAUAGGAUCAAAAAAAUGCGCUGUAGACGGUCUGUGUACAUCACUGCACGUACGUUAUGGCAUUCAACAGUGUGUCCAUUGUUAUUAUUAAUGUGUCGUGCACAGCGUUACAAAAUUAAAUAACUUUGUAUAGGUCAUGUUUUAGUCAUAUUUGUUUUUUAUAUCUAGACUGAUGUUUUAUCUGAUUAAAGUGUUGUUUAAUUAUU